CUCAUCACAUCAUUUUCUCUCUCCUCACGGAGCGUUCCCUUGGCGACCCCGUGGAUGCCCUAAGCUGGCUCCCCAUCGGUGUCCCUGGCUUCGCUUGCAUCGCGACCGAAACUUUGCAUCAGGCGAAAUUUGGGCUUGAUCGGCCGAUGGGAGGCUUUCGGUGGCUCUGCUGCUUCUCGAUCCAGGCGCCUUCGCAAUCGCCUCGCCCUCAAAGCUCGUCUCCCUCCCCGUUCCCUCCGCAGCCGACUCCUCCGGGGGCUCCUCCCUCCGCUUGGAUAUCUGCGGCUCCGACCUCCUCGAUGGCCACUUUGCCUUACGCUCACGUCGACGGGAGCUUGCGUGCCCUCGCUGGACAAGCCGAAGGCUUCGGCCGCUUCGCCAUUGGAGGGCUCCGUGGACCCGUCCACUACGUCACCUCCUUGGCAGAUGACGGCCCCGGUUCACUUCGUGAGGCAUGCUGCAUGAGGGAACCACUCUGGAUUGUUUUUGAAGUUUCAGGAACCAUUCACCUUUCUUCCUACCUGAGGGUAUCGUCAUAUAAGACAAUCGAUGGUCGAGGACAGAGGAUAAAGUUGACUGGUAAAGGUUUACAGCUGAAAGAAUGUGAACAUGUAAUUGUUUGCAAUCUAGAAUUCGAAGGUGGCAGAGGACAUGAUGUUGAUGGUAUUCAGAUAAAGCCCAAGUCAAAGCAUAUUUGGAUAGACCGCUGCAGCUUACAAGAUUACGAUGACGGACUGAUUGAUAUUACUCGUGAAAGUACUGAUAUAACUGUUUCAAGAUGCCACUUCAGCAAUCAUGACAAAACAAUGCUUAUUGGAGCAGAUAGCAGUCAUAUUACUGACAGAUGUAUCCGUGUUACCAUUCACCAUUGUUUCUUCGAUGGAACUAUACAGAGACAUCCUCGACUUCGAUUUGGCAAAGUUCACCUUUAUAACAAUUACACGAGAAGCUGGGGCAUAUAUGCUGUCUGUGCCAGUGUAGAAGCUCAGAUCUUGUCUCAAUGCAAUAUUUAUGAAGCAGGACAAAAGAAGUUGGUAUUCAAGUACAUGCCUGAGAAGGCAGCCGAUCGACAAGAGGUGAUCGCGGGAUGGAUAAGGUCUGAAGGCGACAUGUUUCUGAAUGGUGCCCAGCCAGGUUUGCUGGAUGCUGGUAUUCAAAGUGUUUUCCAUCCCUUAGAACAUUAUCCGUCAUGGACUGUGGAACCUGCGUCCCUGGCUCUUAAAGAAGUCCUCCAAGUAUGUACUGGAUGGCAAGCAAUCACAAGGCCAGCAGAUUGUUGAAGCAUUUGAUAUUUGCAAACUUCGAUUCUUCUUUAUUAGAUUGUUUUUAGAAAUUAUAUUAAAGGUCUUAAAUUACAACAAAUAACCUUAAAGUUUUAUGCUUGGAAUCUUUGUAGAUAUUCAAUUGUAUUUUGACAUUAAAUAUUGCUUAAAAUUUAAUAUUACUUGUUAAUGGUUAAUGUGGAAGUUUUUAUUAUUUGUGAAA